AUGGCUAGGACGAGAAAUAAUCCAACCGGCCGACCCACACUUCGACCACCACUUCGACCACCUGCUCGCCGGCCAUCUCGUCGGACGACAACCGGCGACACUCUUGUUCCGACGAUGCAUCCAUCAACGCCUCUCUCACCGGACCCCAUCGCAUUCGCUCCGCCAGUACAGGAACCAUCCACCACCAUCGCCGGUCAAACCUCCGCCGUGAGAGUUGAUUACGACGAGUAUCACGCUGUCGUUACCCUGGUAUGUAUCACUCCUACUCCUCCCCUAUUUUCCACCAUUUUCACCCCCUCCACCAUUAUACACACUAACCUAACCACCGGCGCCGGUUCGUCUUCUGUGCGACCGCCGGCCGCCGUGACCUUACUCACACCCACACCAACACCACGACCCCUCUUUCUAGCCCUAACCAAUCCACCCUCUAUCACCCCUCUAUCUAACCCCCUCCCACUACCGAUUAACCAACCACCCACUCAACCGCCCCCUAUUGCCCUUCCCUCGACACCACUCGGCCCACCCACCAUCCACGAUUUCGACCUAAAUACAUUAGGGGAGGAGUUCAUUUUCGACUUUGAAGCCACUACCUCUAAUAAUCCUAAAGAUUUAUUUCCCUUUUCUGUUCCUGAAGACUUACCACCACAACCCCCUGUGACUCAACCCGUGACUACACUUCCUAGUGAGAAACUCCUCGUCACUGCCCCCAGUGGGCAGACUAUGAGCACUGACGCAUCCUCGGGAAGUAUUGUGAGUUCCAAUUCCGAAUCUGCCAUUCCUCAACCAGUAACCAAGCCCAUUUCUGAGGAUAGCGAUUAUGAAGAUGAAAUGGCACAUGACUUGGCCAAUGAUGAUGAUGUGGCCGAGGAAGACGAUGACCAGGCGGAUCUUGUGGAGGAAAUUCCAGAAGAAGAAGAGCAGGAGGAUUUAGAUGAAGACAUUCCUGAUGAUGAUGAUUUUGUGGUCGCCAAGCCCAAGCMUUCGAAAAAGAGGAAGGCAGCAGCACGGACACGACGACAGCCAGCACCAAAGCCAAAGAAAGAAAAGGUGAUGCCAUAUCGGGAAAGGUACGAUCGGAUCAAAAAUAAUAAAAUUCUUUUAGAGCGUGCCUUUGACCCCCGGUUGGUCAAUGCUUUUAUGGCAAUACAGCACCAUUUGGUCGCUUUGGGAUGGGACAAGUUGGUGGUCGCCCCUGUGCCAAUGUUUCUUUAG